CAAACUGUUAUUUGUACGAUUUGUAUUGUAACCGGACCACUGGCAACACUUUUAUUUUGAUAUUUGAUUGAUGCAGUGCAGCUUUUUUUGUGAAAAGGAUUUUGCUUGAUGUUUUAUUUCUGCAAGUGCAAUAUUAUAGGAAUUUCGUAAAAUGAAGUUAACUGUAGAUGGAUUGCUGGUGUAUUUUCCUUACGAUUAUAUUUAUCCAGAGCAAUAUGCUUACAUGUUGGAAUUAAAACGUGCAUUGGAUGCCAAAGGCCAUGGCUUGCUGGAGAUGCCAUCAGGAACAGGGAAGACUAUAUCUUUGUUAUCUCUCAUUGUAGCUUACAUGCUACAAAAUCCACAUCAUGUCAGAAAAUUGAUAUACUGUUCCCGAACAUUGCCUGAAAUAGAGAAGGUAUUAGAAGAAUUAAAAAAUCUGAUAAAAUACUAUGAGAAAAGCCAAGGUGAAAUACCAAACUUGACUGGUGUUGUGCUCAGCUCCAGAAAAAACUUGUGCAUACAUCCUGAGGUUUCUAAAGAAAGAGAAGGUAAAAUGGUAGAUGGAAAAUGCCACUCCCUUACUGCUAGUUACAUUCGAGAGAAAAAUGAAAGGGAUCCUAGUGUGCCCACUUGUCAAUUUUACGAAGGGUUCCAGCGCGAAGGCAAAGAAUUCAUGCUCCCGUAUGGAGUGUACACCAUGGAUGACCUCAAACAGUAUGGUGCAGACCGGAACUGGUGCCCAUACUUCCUCGCAAGGUUUGCUAUAAUUCAUGCAGACAUAAUAGUGUACUCCUACCACUACCUCCUCGACCCAAAGAUAGCGGCAGUCGUCUCAAAAGAGUUAAACAAAGAAGCAGUAGUGGUCUUCGAUGAGGCUCACAACAUAGACAAUGUGUGCAUAGACUCAUUGAGCGUGAAGAUCACUCGGCGAACCAUAGACAGGAGCACGCAAGCACUGCAGACACUAGAAAAAACAGUAGCCAGAUUACGCGAAGAAGAUUCGGCGCGCCUGACGGCGGAGUACGAGCAGCUGGUGGAGGGACUGCAAGCCGCGGCCGCAGCGCGCGACGCGGGAGCGCUGCUGGCGAGCCCUGUGCUGCCCGACGAAGUGCUGGACGAGGUGGUGCCCGGGAACAUAAGAAACGCAGAACAUUUCCUGAGUUUCCUGAGGCGGUUUAUUGAGUACGUCAAAACCAGGCUCCGUAUACAGCAUGUGGUACAAGAAUCUCCUGCAGGCUUUUUAAAAGACGUGGCAUCGCGCGUGUGUAUCGAACGCAAGCCACUGCGGUUCUGCGCCAGCCGCCUCGCGUCGCUGCUCCGCACGCUGGAAAUCCCCGAUCCGUCGCACUACUCCGCCCUCAUCCUGGUCACGCACCUGGCAACACUGGUGUCCACCUACACGAAGGGAUUCACGAUCAUCAUUGAACCUUUCGACGAUAAAACGCCAACAGUGUCCAACCCAAUCUUGCAUUUCACAUGUAUGGACUCCUCAAUAGCAAUGAGACCAGUAUUCUCGAGGUUCCAAACAGUAAUAAUAACAUCAGGAACCCUGUCUCCCCUGGACAUGUACCCGAAGAUCCUGGACUUCAACCCGAUCAUCAUGAGCUCCUUCACCAUGACGCUCGCGAGGCCCUGCAUUCUGCCCAUGAUCGUGUCAAAGGGCAGCGACCAAGUGGCGAUAUCCUCAAAGUACGAGUCGCGCGAGGACGUCGCCGUCAUAAGGAACUACGGGCAGCUUCUCGUUGAGAUAGCGUCGUGUGUGCCCGACGGGGUAGUUUGCUUCUUCACGUCCUAUCUAUACUUGGAGAAUGUUGUAGGCGCUUGGUACGAUCAAGGAGUGGUGGCCAGUUUGCAGCGACACAAGCUGUUGUUCAUUGAGACGCAGGAUUCUGCUGAGACCAGCUUCGCGCUCAUCAAUUAUAUUAAGGCGUGCGAGAGCGGGCGCGGCGCGGUGCUGCUGUCGGUGGCGCGCGGGAAGGUGUCGGAGGGCGUGGACUUCGAGCAGCACCUCGGCCGCGCCGUGCUCAUGUUCGGCGUCCCGUACGUGUUCACGCAGGGCCGCGUGCUGCAGGCGCGCCUGCGCUACCUGCGGGACCAGUUCCAGAUUCGCGAGAACGAUUUCCUAACAUUCGACGCGAUGCGUCACGCAGCGCAGUGCGUCGGUCGUGCUUUGCGCGGUAAGACGGACUACGGCAUCAUGAUCUUCGCGGACAAGCGCUUCAGCCGCGCGGACAAGCGCACCAAGCUGCCGCGCUGGAUUCAGGACCACCUCAAGGACUCGCUCUGCAACCUCAGCACAGAGGAGGCCGUACAGAUCUGCAAGCGCUGGCUCCGGCAGAUGGCGCAGCCGUUCACGCGCGAGGACCAGCUCGGCGUGUCGCUGCUGACGCUGCAGCAGCUGCAGUCGCAGGAACAGCAGGACAAGAUCGAGCAGCAGGUCAUACAGAAGUAACCGCCAGAUUAUAUAGAAGAAAAUGCUAGGUCAUACAGAACUAACCGACAAGUCAAACAUAAGUAACCGCCCGAUCAUACAGAAGUAAUCGCCAUUUCAUACAAAAAGAACCAAUGCAAUCAAUGGAUCAUCUACUCACCUGUCCGCAAUGCAUAAA